AGACCCCGCCCCCAGCUGGCGCUGGGGUCUGGGGGCACUGCUCAGCUGUACUAGGCUGGCGCGGCUUGAGCCGCCGCCGCACUGACAUCUCGGUCUGCGGACCAUGGAGACCGGCGCCGGUGCACACCCGCUGCGCCUGUUUCUCUGCCGGAUGCCGCUCUGUCUCGCGGUGCUUUUGGGACCCUUGCGGCCUGGGACUGCCGAGGAAGUCAUCCUCCUGGAUUCCAAAGCCUCCCAGGCUGAGCUGGGCUGGACUGCACUACCUAGUAAUGGGUGGGAGGAGAUCAGCGGUGUGGAUGAACACGACCGUCCAAUCCGCACAUACCAAGUGUGCAAUGUGCUGGAGCCCAACCAGGACAACUGGCUGCAGACUGGCUGGAUCAGCCGCGGCCGCGGGCAGCGCAUCUUCGUGGAGCUGCAGUUCACACUCCGUGACUGCAGCAGCAUCCCUGGCGCCGCGGGCACCUGCAAGGAGACCUUCAACGUCUACUACCUGGAAACGGAGGCUGACCUGGGGCGCGGGCGUCCCCGCCUAGGCGGCAGCCGGCCCCGCAAAAUCGACACGAUCGCGGCGGACGAGAGCUUCACGCAGGGCGACCUGGGCGAGCGCAAGAUGAAGCUGAACACAGAAGUGCGCGAGAUCGGCCCGCUCAGCCGGAGGGGUUUCCACCUGGCCUUUCAGGACGUGGGCGCCUGCGUGGCGCUUGUCUCGGUGCGCGUCUACUACAAGCAGUGCCGUGCCACCGUGCAGGGACUGGCCACGUUCCCAGCCACCGCAGCCGAGAGCGCCUUCUCCACCCUGGUGGAAGUGGCCGGAACGUGCGUGGCGCACUCGGAAGGGGAGCCCGGCAGCCCUCCGCGCAUGCACUGCGGCGCGGACGGCGAGUGGCUGGUGCCUGUGGGCCGCUGCAGCUGCAGCGCGGGAUUCCAGGAGCGUGGUGACAUCUGCGAAGCCUGUCCCCCAGGGUUUUACAAAGUGUCCCCGCGGCGGCCCCUCUGCUCACCGUGCCCAGAGCACAGCCGGGCCCUGGAAAACGCCUCCACCUUCUGCGUGUGCCAGGACAGCUACGCGCGCUCGCCCACCGACCCGCCCUCGGCUUCCUGCACCCGGCCGCCGUCGGCGCCGCGGGACCUGCAGUACAGCCUGAGCCGCUCCCCGCUGGCGCUGAGGCUGCGCUGGCUGCCGCCGGCCGACUCAGGCGGACGCUCGGACGUCACCUACUCGCUGCUGUGCCUGCGCUGCGGCCGCGAGGGCCCGGCGAGCGCGUGCGAGCCGUGCGGGCCGCGCGUGGCCUUCGUGCCGCGCCAGGCCGGGCUGCGGGAGAGCGCCGCCACGCUGCUGCACCUGCGGCCCGGCGCGCGCUACACCGUGCGCGUCGCCGCGCUCAACGGCGUCUCGGGUCCGGCGGCCGCCGCGGGAGCCACCUACGCGCAGGUCAACGUCUCCACCGGGCCCGGGGCGCCCUGGGAAGAGGAUGAGAUCCGCAGGGACCGAGUGGAGCCCCAGAGCGUGUCCCUGUCGUGGCGGGAGCCCAUCCCUGCCGGAGCCCCUGGGGCGAAUGGCACGGAGUACGAGAUCCGAUACUACGAGAAGGGUCAGAGUGAGCAGGCUUACUCCACGGUGAGGACAGGGGCGCCCACAGUCACCGUCACCAACCUGAAGCCGGCUACCCGCUACGUCUUUCAGAUCCGGGCUGCUUCCCCAGGGCCAUCCUGGGAGGCCCAGAGCUUUAACCCCAGCAUUGAAGUGCAGACCCCGGGGGAGGCUGCCUCAGGGUCCAGGGACCAGAGCCCUGCCGUUGUCGUCACCGUAGUGACCAUCUCGGCCCUCCUCGUCCUGGGCUCCGUGAUGAGUGUGCUGGCCAUUUGGAGGAGGCCCUGCAGCUAUGGCAAAGGAGGAGGAGAUGCCCAUGAUGAAGAGGAGCUGUAUUUCCACUUCAAAGUCCCUACACGUCGCACAUUCCUGGACCCCCAGAGCUGUGGGGACCCACUGCAGGCUGUGCAUCUGUUCGCCAAGGAGCUGGAUGUGAAAAGCGUCACGCUGGAGAGGAGCCUUGGAGCAGGGCGGUUUGGGGAGCUGUGCUGUGGCUGCCUGCAGCUCCCUGGCCGCCAGGAGCUGCCCGUAGCCGUGCACACACUGAGGGACAGUGCCUCCGACUCACAGAGGCUCAGCUUCCUGGCCGAGGCCCUCACGCUGGGCCAGUUUGACCAUAGCCAUAUCGUGCGGCUGGAGGGUGUUGUCACCCGAGGAAGCACCUUGAUGAUCGUCACCGAGUACAUGAGCCAUGGGGCCCUGGACGGCUUCCUCAGGCGGCACGAGGGACAGCUGAUGGCUGGGCAGCUGAUGGGGUUGCUGCCUGGGCUGGCAUCAGCCAUGAAGUAUCUGUCAGAGAUGGGCUACGUUCACCGGGGCCUGGCAGCUCGCCGUGUGCUGGUCAGCAGCGACCUUGUCUGCAAGAUCUCUGGCUUUGGGCGUGGCCCCCGGGACCGAGCAGAGGCUGUCUACACCACCAUGAGUGGCCGGAGCCCGGCGCUGUGGGCCGCCCCUGAGACACUUCAGUUUGGCCACUUCAGCUCUGCCAGUGACGUGUGGAGCUUCGGCAUCGUCAUGUGGGAGGUGAUGGCCUUUGGGGAGCGGCCUUACUGGGACAUGUCUGGCCAAGACGUGAUCAAGGCUGUGGAGGAUGGCUUUCGGCUGCCACCCCCCAGGAACUGUCCCACUCUGCUGCACCGACUAAUGCUUGACUGCUGGCAGAAGGACCCAGGUGAGCGGCCCAGGUUCUCCCAGAUCCACAGCAUCCUGAGCAAGAUGGUGCAGGACCCAGAGCCCCCCAAGUGUGCCCCAACCACCUGUCCCAGGCCUCCCACCCCGCUAGCGGACCGUGCCUUCUCCACCUUCCCCUCCUUUGGCUCUGUGGGCGCGUGGCUGGAGGCCCUGGACCUGUGCCGCUACAAGGACAGCUUCGCAGCUGCUGGCUACGGGAGCCUGGAGGCUGUGGCCGAGAUGACCGCCCAGGACCUGGUGAGCCUGGGCAUCUCUUCGGCUGAACAUCGAGAGGCCCUCCUUAGCGGGAUCGGUGCCCUGCAGGCACGAGUGCUCCAGCUGCAGGGCCAGGGGGUGCAGGUGUGAGUGGCCCCGCUUCUUCCAAGGCGGGACUCUAGUGGGGGUCCAGACCCCCAGCCCUGCCCAAGGACCGUGGCGAGCUGUGCUCCAGCAGUGGGAGGGAGCGCCGUCUUCCUCGCUUGGGCCCAGAUCUGGUGUGAGGCCGCAGCUUCCCCGCUUCACUGCCUGCUCCUCCCAUUUCCACCAGUCUGAACACCUUGGCCAACUCAGUGUCCCUGAAAAGAGGUUCAGAUCUCUAGGGAGGACCCCUGAGAUAACAGCAGGAGGAAAUUCAGGGUCUCAGAGAAGAGCUGGAGCAGGGAUGGGAGUGAAGACAGUGGGUUGAGAUUGCCUGGCCCAUGCCCAACUGCCAUUUGUACCCACUGGGGGCUGGGACCUACCCCGUGGGAUGCUCCCUUUUCCCACAGACCCAGUGACCAGUCAGACAGCAUGGGUCCUGGGGUGCUCUUCUUCCACCUGGCAGUGACCGCAGCUGCCUGGUGGCUCAGGCGUCGGGGGCGGGGCCGGAGUCGCAUCAUUCUCAACUUCCUGUGCCUUGGCGGGGCUGACUGGAUGCUGGCCAAGGCCCAGGCAGGCAAAGAUGGUGCUGAGCUCAGGGGCUGACACCCAAGAGCCAGGC